CUGUGUAAUUACCAUUUGAGACAUGACUCAUCCUCGCUUGGAGGACCCAGACCUGUCUGACUCUAUAAAAGGAGCUCAGGGCCGGAGUGCAAAUGUGCACCGUCUGCCAUCCCCCGGCUGUUAUAAUUACCCAGCUACCACGAGGAGAUGAAGGUGCUCCCGGCGUCUGGCCUUGCUGUCCUCCUUCUCACAGCUUUGAAGUUUUCCUCUGCAGCCCCCACCCUCUUUGCAGCCACCCCCAGGACCUGGAGGAACAACUUCCACCUCGCACAGGCAUAUCUUGACAAGUAUUACACAAAGAAAGGAGGGCACCAGGUUGGCGAAAUGGUUUCAAGAGGAGGCAAUUCCAUGGUAAAGAAGAUUAAGGAGCUGCAAACAUUCUUCGGCCUCCCGCUCACUGGGAAGCUGGACCAAAGCACGAUGGACGUGAUCAAGAAGCCUCGCUGUGGAGUUCCCGAUGUGGCAAAUUAUCGUCUCUUCCCAGGUGAACCUAAGUGGGAAAAAAAUACUCUAACAUACAGAAUAUCCAAAUACGCAGCUUCCAUGAGCCCUGCUGAGGUGGAGAGAGCAAUUGAGAUGGCGCUGCGGGCCUGGAGUAGCGCCGUCCCUCUGAACUUUGUGAGAAUAAACUCAGGAGAAGCCGACAUUAUGGUAUCUUUUGAAACUGGAGAUCACGGGGAUUCCUACCCAUUUGAUGGGCCUCGAGGGACUCUAGCCCAUGCAUUUGCACCUGGAGAAGGCCUAGGAGGAGAUACACAUUUUGACAAUGCUGAGAAGUGGACUUUGGGGAUGAAUGGUUUCAAUUUAUUUACUGUUGCCGCUCAUGAAUUUGGCCAUGCCCUGGGUCUGGCCCAUUCCACAGACCCAUCGGCACUGAUGUACCCAACUUACAAGUACAAGAAUCCCUAUGGAUUCCGCCUUCCUAAGGAUGAUGUGAAAGGGAUCCAGGCAUUGUACGGACCUCGGAAACCAUACCUGGGAAAACCCACUGUUCCCCACCUACCUCCUCGCAAACCAUCCAUCCCUGAUGUGUGUGACUCCAGCUCAUCCUUUGAUGCAGUAACAAUGCUAGGAAAGGAGCUUCUGUUCUUCAAGGAUAGGAUUUUCUGGCGACGGCAGGUUCACUUGCUGUCAGAGAUUCGGCCAAGGACUAUUACCAGCUCUUUCCCUCAACUCAUGUCCAACGUGGAUGCAGCUUAUGAAGUGGCUGAGAGGGGCACUGCUUACUUCUUCAAAGGCCCCCACUACUGGGUAACACGAGGAUUCCAAAUCCAAGGUCCCCCUCGGACGAUUUAUGACUUUGGAUUCCCAAGGCACGUGCAAAGAAUAGAUGCUGCUGUGUAUCUCAAGGAGCCGCGAAAAACCCUUUUCUUUGUGGGAGAUGAAUACUACAGCUAUGAUGAACGAAAAAGGAAAAUGGAAAAAGACUACCCAAAGAGCACUGAAGAAGAAUUUUCAGGAGUUAAUGGCCAAAUAGAUGCUGCUGUAGAAUUAAAUGGGUACAUUUACUUCUUUUCAGGACCAAAAACAUACAAGUAUGACAUUGAAAAGGAAGACGUGGUUAGUGUGGUGAAAUCUAGUUCCUGGAUUGGUUGCUAAAUAGAAAGAUCCCAUCUUUUCCAAGAAAUGAAGAUGACUACAAGCAGCUGAUAACUGGAUUUUAAGGACUAAAGCGGCCAUGUAGAAGAGGGAUUCUUCCCGUGGCCUUCAGUUCUCUGUGCAAGUUAGAGUUCACUGAAAAUGAUAGUAUUUCUAAAUUUUUCAUAGUUGCACAUUCAGAAUUUUAAUCCUAAUGAGAAAUUAAGCCAACUGUACACAAAACACAAAUCAACCUAAUGUAGUCACAGUUAAACACUCAUUUUUUUUUCUUACCUAAUAUACUCUAAAGCAAAUUGAUCAGUUGAUUUCCAGGUAGAAGCAUAUUUGUGCAUUCCCUGACAUAUAAUUAUUUUAUUAAGAAAUACCAGUACCAUGCAAAUUAUAACUAAACUUUGUAGGCAUUGACUUUUUGACCAUCAUUAAUUAUGAUAAAUAUACCCAUUAAUACUUUAAUCAUAUCACAAAUAAAAAUGCUGAGUUUUGUUUCUUA